CAAAGUCAGCUCCAAUAUGUACUUAAUUUUUUGGAUUUUUUUCAGGAGAUAACUGACUUGCUAUUUGACUGUGGAUGUGAAAUGGUGACCCAAGUGGUGAAAGUGGACGGUGUUGACGAACUAUUCAAAAUGUAUGCAAGCGAACGGGAAAAGAAGGUUGUCAAAUUGCCAGAAUAUCUGGACGAUCUCGAAGUAAUCGAUCCUAAGUCAUGUGUUGUAACAAAUGACUACGCCAGUGCACAAAAAGAUGGAGGCGGAUGGUUCUCUACCCUGUCUUCUUUUGUAAAAAGCUCACUUUGGUAA